AUGGGCUCUGCUACGGACAUCAUGUAUAACGGGGACUCAUUACAACUUGAGAUUACGGCUCUAGGGCUGAAUUCGGGCACUUCAAUGGAUGGAAUCGACUGCGCUCUCUGCCGGUUCAGACAGGCGUCUCCUAACGGCCCUAUGCACUUUGAGCUGCUUCAAUAUGAUGAGAUUCCUCUCGAACCAAAAAUCAAGAAGAGGGUCAUGGACAUGAUCUUUCACAACACGACAACGCCGGAGGAGUUGUCAGAAGUUAACGUCAUUCUUGGUGAGACGUUUGCGGAUGCAGUCAAGGCCUUUUCGAAGAAGCAUAGUGUGCCGCUGUCAUCCAUCGAUGUCAUCGGCUCACAUGGACAGACGAUCUGGUUGGAGAGUAUGCCUCAGGGAGGACGCAAGAAGUCUGCCCUCACAAUGGCGGAGGGGACUUUUAUUGCUUCUAGCACGGGUAUCACCACUGUGACGGAUUUCCGGGUCUCAGAUCAGGCGGCCGGUCGGCAGGGCGCUCCCCUUAUUGCUUUUUUUGACUCCCUCGUCCUUCACCAUCCGACCAAGCUGAGGGCAUGUCAAAACAUUGGCGGCAUUGCCAACGUGUGCUUUGUGCCUCCCGACUCAAACGGGCAGCUGAAUAAAGAGUUCUUUGAUUUCGACACGGGCCCGGGCAAUGUUUUCAUUGACGCCGCGGUGCGUUACUUUACAAAUGGGGAGCGGGAGUAUGAUAAAGAUGGAGAAAUGGGUAAGCAGGGCAAGGUGAAUCAGGAAAUGGUGGAUGAGUUUUUGAAGACACAUUUCUACUUUGCACUAGAUCCGCCCAAGACAACUGGCCGGGAGGUAUUCCGGGAUACUAUCGCACACGACUUGAUCGAGCGAGGAGUCAUAAACGGCAUGUCACCAAAUGACAUUGUGGCUACGAUUACGAGAAUCACUGCGCAGGCUAUUGUCGAGCACUACAAGCGAUAUAUGCCAACGCAGUAUGGGCCUUUGGCUGAGGUGUACAUGUGCGGCGGUGGAGCGAAGAACCCCAACAUUCUGAAUCAUCUGAAGGAGUCAUUCCCAGAAACGAAAUUCGUCAUGUUGGACGAAGCGGGUAUUCCGGCGGAUGCCAAGGAGGCUAUUACGUUUGCAUGGCAGGGGAUGGAGGCUAUCGUAGGACGAAGCAUCCCUGUGCCAUCUCGGGUCGAAACAAGACGUGGCUAUGUGCUGGGGAAAGUCAGUCCUGGACAAAACUACCGGCGAGUGAUGAGGCAGGGUAUGAAUUUCGGGGCGGGUCACGAGGACUUGGAGCCCGUGAGCGAGUUGGUCAACUAUGUUGGCGGAAAGGUGUACAACAAUAAAUAUUGA